ACAGCGGCGCGCUUUUGACGAUUCUCGGUUUCUGAGGAAGAAAAGUUCGCUAAGGCAGAAAAUUACUGCUCAGUAACAUUAUCAGGUGGUAACUUGUGUCAUUAAUCUGCUAGUGGUGGUUAUUGAUUGGUUUCAUCUGAAGUACUUUGCUAACCUCCACUCUUUCUACUGAAUAAAGUGAGCCUGGUGCCUUCCUACAGCUAAAAUGGCAAGUGGAAGCUCAACUUUGGACAGUCUUGAGGAGUUAGAUUGCUUCUCUGACUCAGGCAGUGGACUAUGGAGGCCAUCGUGAAAACAACAAAGCGAAGAAAACUAACAGUAUUUAAGCAUCAGCCACCCAAGAGACCCGGCGUAAUGGUGCAUUGAAGGGGAUGUCCAGCCCCAGUGGCAGAUCUGUCCCACCCCCUCCAGGUCCUUCCCCCCAGCCUAUGUCCCCGGGGACACCCAGGCAGGUCUCCCCAACACCUGCGAGGAGCACUAACGAGGAGAGCCAGGUUAUCAGCGCAAAGGAUAUCUAUGAUGCUGUCUGCUCUGGAAAGAGUGCCAUGGUGACGGUGGUGGACGAGUGGCUGGACAGCUACAAGCAGAGCCGAGAGGCGGGGCUGCUGGUGCUCAUCAACUUCAUUGUUCAGUCCUGCGGAUGCAAAGGUGUUGUCACCAGAAAUAUGUUUGACAGCUUGCAAAAUGCUGAGAUCAUCAGCAAACUAACCAAAGAGUUCAAUGAGGAUUCAGUGAACUACCCUCUGUGCACUCCAGGGCCCCAGCUGAAGCGUUUCAAAGCAGGCCUGUGUGAGUUUGCUAGGGUUCUGCGCUCCUGUAGGAAUAGCCUCGUUUAUGAUGAAUACCUCUUCCAUUCCCUGCUGGCUCUGCUCACCGGCCUGUCAGACUCCCAGGUUCGAGCCUUCAGACACACCAGUACCCUGCUUGCCAUGAAGUUGAUGACAGGAUUGGUGGAAGUAGCUGUGGUAGUCUCUGUUCAGCUGCAGACCACCCAGCGGCAAUACGAUGUGGAGAACAGCAAGAGGGCACACGACAGAGCCUCUGACAGACUGGAGGAGCUGCAGGCCACCAUCGCUGAGUUGCAAGAACACAGAGAGGAGCUGUCCUCCAUGAUGAAUGCCACUUUUCGUGGUGUGUUUGUGCACCGUUAUCGGGACCGGCUGUCUGAGAUCCGGGCAGUGUGUAUGGAGGAGUUGGGCCUGUGGUUGAAAAUGGACCCUGAGGACUUCCUUAACGAUGGAUGUCUUAAAUAUCUGGGAUGGACCCUGCAUGACAAGCAAAGUCCAGUGCGUCUGCAAUGUGUGCGUGCCCUGCAGGGUCUGUACCAGGAGAAGGAAUUCAUUGGCCGCCUGGAGCUUUUCACCAGCAGAUUUAAAGAGAGGAUUCUCAGCAUGGUGCUAGACAAGGACCCAGACGUGGCAGUGGAAGUGGUCAGGCUGCUGUUGCUGAUCCAACAGCAAACAGAGGAAGGACUGGAAGAACAGGAGUGUGGCCACAUCUAUCCCCUGGUUUACGCUUCACACCGAGGCCUGGCGUCUGCAGCCGGUUCCUUCCUAUGCAACAAGCUGAAAAGUAUGAUUAGCAGUGACAACCAGGAGAAUGACAAAGCCAAAAAUGCAGCCUUUGUUCAAAUCCUCGUCUCCUUUUACAUCCAGAGUGAGUUCCAUGAGCAUGGAGCGUACCUGGUGGACAGCCUGUGGGGUGUGGCAGGAUCUGAGCUGAGAGACUGGGAGACAAUGACAGCUUUACUGCUACAAGACAGUGGACUGAUGUAUGAGGAGGAGGGGGUGCUCAUAGAGCUGAUGAUGUGUGCCAUCAGACAGGCAGCACAGGCAACUCCACCUGUUGGGAGAACUCAAGGCAAAAAGAUUCUGAGUAUGAAGGAUAAAAAAAUCCAGGAGCAAGACAAGAGACGUAUUACCACACACUUCACCCCCUUACUGCCACAGCUGCUGGCCAAGUACUCAGCGGAUGCAGGGAAGGUGAAACUCCUUCUCAAAGCUCCCUUGUACUUUGACCUAGAGAUGUACAGCAGCAUUCAGUGGCUGGAAAAGCAUCUGGACCUGCUGCUGUCCCAGAUAUGUGGCAUUGUGGAGAAGCACACAGAGGCCGCUGUAUUGGAGGCUUGCGCCCACCUGGCCAGCACACUCUGCUCCGACUGCUACACCUUCUCCUCCCGCGCACAACUGGCAUUCAGCCAGCUGUUUGAUGGCCUGACUGAAUGUUUCAGCUCCUACGUAAAUGACCUGCUGCAGGAUACCGCCGAUGACGAUGACACAUACAAUGCAGCCAUUGCCUUGAAAAGGAUUGCUGCCCUUAGCAGUGCUAGGGACCCGACUGCCUGGAAGCUGUUUGAUUCCUGUCUUGAGCUGUUGAAGAGCAGGAUGGAGUCCAGGGAGCUUGAUAAGGAGCUGAUGGUGUCAGCUAUGAAGUGUGCAGCUUUUCACCUGAUGUGGGCCAAAGUGAAUGUGGUCAAAUCCAAGCCAACUGAGGCAGAACUGAAGUGCCUGAAGAAGGAAGUUCGGUCAUUCUGCAGAGUCUGUCAGGAUUGUUUGUCUUUGAACCAGAUGGAUAUCAGAGAUCAAGCGUUCGAGCUGCUUUGUGAUUUGCUGUUGCUGUACAGUGUGAGUUCAGUCCGCUCUGAGCCCGCCCUUCAGUCUCUGGCCCACCUGCCAUCUGAUUCUCUGCGCUCCGAGUUGGCCGCUUUCCUUCUGGACUACGUCUUCACUGACACCGAAGAUGUCGCGCUCGAUGAUGAGGGUGAAGAGGAGAUGAAGAUAACUCUUCUUCUGAAGAAGCGUAACCAACUUGCUGGUUACUGUAAGCUGGUCAUCUAUGGGGUGCUGGACCUCACUGCCGCCACCGAUGUCUUCAAGCACUACAGCAAGUUUUUUAGAGACUUUGGUGACAUCAUCAAAGAGACUGUGAGCAAGAGCAAGCUCAUCAACCCCGUGCAGAGUGCCAAGACUGUCUGUCUGAGUCUGCAGCAGCUGUUCUCUGAGAUGCUCACGGAGCACCGCAGCAGGCAGGAUCUCACUGAGAUUAGAGACUUGGCCAAGAGGCUUGCCAUGAGUUUUGGCAUUGAUCUUCAUCGUGUCCGCAAACCACUGGUGGCCCUGCACAUGGAUGGCAUACGUUUUGCAUUUCGGGACCCACAGGAGGGAGAGGAGCCGUAUCCAAAUGUAUCCUUCUUGGAGAUCCUCAGCGAGUUCAGUUUUAAGUUACUGCAGCAGGACCGCACCCAGCUAGCAGAGUUUCUGAAAUCAGCGUGUCCCAGUGCUGCCCUCUCCUGGCCAUCUGUCAGACUGUAUCGGCGUUCUUUGGAAUCUCGCUCCACCUCCAAACCCACAGAACAGGAGGAGGGAGGUGACGAAGUGUCUUCCCAUGACACUCCUCUAGUCAAACGCAGGAGGACCACAGCUCAGGGCUCAGCAUCCAGCACUGCCAGAGGGUCCUGGUUUUACAACAGCAGUAUCCAGAGCAGCUUGCACACUCCAACCCUCACCUCCACCGUCCAGAAACAGCCAGCCAAGCCGAUGGCGUCCAGGAAACCCAGAGCCACAGAGUCAGAUAUCAGCAGCGGCUUAACUGAGCCGGAGUCAGAGGAUGAGUUCUCCUCAGGGUUACAGAUGCAAAAGGUGAAACCCAGCAAAAGACAGCAGGUCUCCUCCAGCAAGAAUCCCCCCUCUGUGGGGCAGCAAGACCUGAACUCCCACCUCAACUUGCUUUCUCUGAUUGAAGACAUUUCAGAAAGAGAUGAGGAGGAGAUUGAAGCUUAUCAAAGUGACUCUGACACUGGAUACAUGCUGCCUUCCACCCGUCACACCUCAGUCAGUGUCCUCGACGAGCUCUUUGAUUGAGGUCAGUCGUGGAUCAUCUCUUCAGGACUUCUUCAGUUUCAGUGUGAUGAAUAUUAGAGUCAUCUGUUCUUCUGAAUGACCCCAAGUUCGCCUGUCAGACCUGUUUCUGUCUUUAAUUUUGUUGAUGAUUAUGAAAUCUGGAAGCAAAAGGUGUUCUAGUUUAAUAUUGGGAGUGUUUGGAAAUGUGGCAGAAGUUCAGAUUAAAUGUUUCAUUCAAGUUCAGUUAGAUUUCUGUCUUCGCUCCUCAGUUCUCUCCGACUGGUUUCCACAUUUUGAAUUCUUGCUUUUUCUAAAUAUUCUACACUGUUGACAUCAACCUUUGUUUUUGUAAAACAUGUCAAUUUAAUGUUUAUUAAAA